AGCCAGGACUGGACCAAGAACGAUGAGAAGCUCCUGCAAGCUGUGGACUACAACGAUGCUGGGAAAGUGACAUCUCUCCUCGUCCGCAAGGGCCUGGUCCCCACCAAGCUGGACUCGGAGGGCAAAUCUGCGUUCCACCUGGCCGCCAUGCGAGGGAACGUGGACUGCCUCGAGGCCAUGCUGGCUCACGGCGUGGAUGCCAUGACCAAGGAUAGCUCAGGUUACACUGCCCUGCACCUGGCGUCCAAGCACGGCCACCCACAGUGUGUCAGCAAACUGCUGCAGGCCUCCUGCCCUGUGGAUGUGGCUGAUGGCAGCGGGCGAACAGCGCUGCACCACGCAGCGGUCAGCGGCUGCAUCUCGUGCUCGGAGAUCCUUUGUGAUUUCAAGGCUCCCUUGAACAUCAAGGACAAGGAUGGUUCCACACCGCUGAUCCUCGCUGCCAAGACGGGCCACUCAGAGCUGUGCCGGUACCUUCUGCACCGCGGCGCGGCCAUCAACAGCCAGGAUCUGCAGGGGAGGACAGCCCUGAUGCUGGCCUGUGAGAAUGGCAGCGUGGAGGCGGGCAACGCCGGUGCCCGGGUGGCCGUGGUGGACUCCGCAGGUCACGAUGCCACACGCUACAGCCUGGCCACGGGCAACGCUCUCAUCCAGCACUUCCUGCAGGAGGCUGCUCAGCGCCGGUCCUGGGCCAGCGAAGAGGAGUCAACUGAGCAGACAUCCCAGACGUCUUCACCCAGCCAGUCAUCUGUCAGGGAGAAGAAUAGCACCCCGAGGAAGAGGAAGGCUCCUCUGCCUCCCCUGGGCACCCCCUGCCAGGAGGACCGAGAUGCCUACGAGGAGAUUGUACGUCUGCGGCAGGAACGGGCUCAGUUCUUGCAGAAGAUCCGGGGUUUGGAGCAGCAGGAGAAGCAGAGACGGGAGCGGGCAGAGCUGGACGAGGGCUCCCUGCGCUCCAUGGAGAAGCAGGUGAGGCUGGUGAAGAGGUCAUGGCGGCUGGCGGCGCGGGAUGGAGAGAAGGAGCGGCUGGGCAAGGAGGUGGAGGCUCUGCAGAGCCGCUUGUCCUCACUGGAGAAUGAGAAGGAGAACACAAGCUACGACAUCGAGACGCUGCAGGAUGAGGAGGGAGACCCACUGGAGUUCCCAGGUAAGGCUCUGCCCACCUGCCGAGGUCCCCGUGGGGCUGGGCAGAGAAGGAGAACACAAGCUACGACAUCGAGACGCUGCAGGAUGAGGAGGGAGACCCACUGGAGUUCCCAGCUGAGGGAGAAAAUACAGGUGCUGGAGAACUAUGAGCGGGAUGAGAGCGACCCAUCCUCCUCGGGGGACUUUGUGCCCGUCGGCCUCUACAACGCUCUCCAACGUGAGCUGGAGCAGCUGCGG